AUGGGCUCUUCGCUUUCCAUCCACGUCAGCCCGGGACUCGCCGUGCGUUGGAAGCGCAGCCCAAGUGCCCGGUGCGGCUCGCCGACCUCUGGAGAUGGAUUUCCACCCUUGGCGAUGGCUCACGCCCGCCCUGUCCUCGUCACAUCCCCGGGCCAAGUAGCAGGUGGACCAGGCUGGCCCCCUGCCCGCCACACCGAAUCCGCCCCCCCAGCCACAGUGUGCCUGCCACACCGAAUCCACCUCCCCAGCCACAGUGUGCCCGCCACACCGAAUCCGCCCCCCCAGCCACAGUGUGCCCGCCACACCGAAUCCACCUCCCCAGCCACAGUGUGCCCGCCACACCGAAUCCGCCUCCCCCAGCCACAGUGUGCCCGCCACACCGCCUCCCCAGCCACAGUGUGCCCGCCACACCGAAUCCGCCUCCCCCAGCCACAGUGUGCCCGCCACACCGCCUCCCCAGCCACAGUGUGCCCGCCACACCGAAUCCAUCCCCCCAGCCACAGUGUGCCCACCACACCGAAUCCACCCCCCCAGCCACAGUGUGCCCGCCACACCGCCUCCCCAGCCACAGUGUGCCCGCCACACCGAAUCCGCCUCCCCAGCCACAGUGUGCCCACCACACCGAAUCCACCCCCCCAGCCACAGUGUGCCCGCCACACCGCCUCCCCAGCCACAGUGUGCCCGCCACACCGAAUCCAUCCCCCCAGCCACAGUGUGCCCGCCACACCGCCCCCCCAGCCACAGUGUGCCCGCCACACCGAAUCCAUCCCCCCAGCCACAGUGUGCCCACCACACCGAAUCCACCCCCCCAGCCACAGUGUGCCCGCCACACCGCCUCCCCAGCCACAGUGUGCCCGCCACACCGAAUCCACCCCCCCAGCCACAGUGUGCCCGCCACACCGCCUCCCCAGCCAGUGUGCCUGCCACACCGAAUCCACCCCCCCAGCCACAGUGUGCCCGCCACACCGCCCCCCCAGCCACAGUGUGCCCGCCACACCGCCCCCAGCCACAGUGUGCCUGCCACACCGAAUCCGCCUCCCCAGCCACAGUGUGCCCGCCCCACCCCCCCAGCCACAGUGUGCCCGCCACACCGAAUCCAUCCCCCCAACCACAGUGUGCCCGCCACGCUCCCCCAGCCACAGUGUGCCCGCCACACCAACUCCGCCUCCCCAGCCACAGUGUGCCCGCCCCGCCCCCCCAGCCACAGUGUGCCUGCCACACCGAAUCCGCCCCCCCAGCCACAGUGUGCCCGCCACACCGAAUCCGCCUCCCCAGCCACAGUGUGCCCGCCACACCGAAUCCGCCUCCCCAGCCACAGUGUGCCCGCCACACCGAAUCCGCCUCCCCAGCCACAGUGUGCCCGCCACACCGAAUCCGCCUCCCCAGCCACAGUGUGCCCGCCACACCGAAUCCGCCUCCCCCAGCCACAGUGUGCCCGCCACACCAACUCCGCCUCCCCCAGCCACAGUGUGCCCGCCACACCGAAUCCGCCUCCCCAGCCACAGUGUGCCCGCCCCGCCCCCCCAGCCACAGUGUGCCCGCCACGCUCCCCCAGCCACAGUGUGCCCACGCCGCCUCUCCUGGCAGUGGCGAGUGCACACUCACAGUGCCCAGUGUGUUCUGCUGGCCGUGGCCACGCUCCUGGGCAGGCACGGCAACACUGGACAGGCCUGA